AUGCUGUCGAUGAGCCCAGGAAUGGAGGUGAGAAGCAGCAGUCACGGUGGCCUCGGUGGUGAUCCGAGCGGUGGUGGCGGCGUGGUGGGCGGAGGCGUUGCCGAGGUGAACGGCAACGGGGACGCAGCCACCGACGGGAUCCAGGAAGCGAUGGUGGCCGCGGCUAGGGACCGGGCGAUACGAGCCGGAAGUGUCCGGCAGGAUCUCGCCCUCGACCUACCCCCGCGACUGCAGCUUCCCGAUGGCGAGGAACGUCCAUACGGUGCGCACACCACCUUCCAUCUUCGCGAUCCUGAACAGGAGAGCGAGAUAUAUCAGAAGUGUGUACGCCCGCCACCAAAUCGCACCGUAUUCGACAGUGAGAGUCCACCGCCAUAUCGGAGCCAAUCAGCGUUGCUAGAUGCUCCUGAACGAUUGGUCCGAUGCCACAGCACAGGAAGUUCGUUGCUGAGGGUGUUCCGGAAGUUUCCGAGCUCGGGUAAUUCGACACCUGCCGUGGUGGUGCCGCCCAGGAGGCCCACCUUGUCGAGUUAUUCCGAAUCCAGCAGCAACCUCAGCAACCUAUCAAGCUUGACUGUGGUUGCAUGCGAAGCCGACGAAAGCCAACAACGUCGGCAACAACAUGUCUGA